UCAGAGCAUCUGAGCGGAGCUGGAUGGUGUUUCCCUUUAAUUACAGCAGGAAGAAGAAUUCCAGGGGGUGUGGCCAGUUUGUUGACAACGAGCGGAGCAGGUAGCUGCAUGUAGCCAUGUCCUCUCCAGAGAUCGCCUCUCUCUCCUGGGGCCACAUGAAGGUGAAGGGAUGCUCCUCCAGCUACAAGGACUGUAAGGUCUGGCCUGGAGGCAGCCGGGCCUGGGACUGGAGAGAGACUGGGACUGACCAUUACCCAGGAGUACAACCUGCUGAUGUGGAGGAGGUGCUGAAGAAGGGGAUCGACCUGCUGGUAAUCGGCAGAGGCAUGAGUGAAGCUCUGCAGGUCCCCUCCUCCACUGUGGACUUUGUGAAGCAGAAAGGCGUUGACGUCAGAGUCUUGCAGACGGAGAAGGCCGUUGCUGAAUAUAACAAACUGGCUGGCCAGGGUGCCAAGGUGGGUGGCGUCUUCCACUCCACCUGUUAAGGAUGUCCCUUGUCUUGCUGCACCAACGAAGAUGACCUACAGAAGAUGAGGGGAAGCCUGUACCAUACCAUGGCUCUCAGUCUCUGUUUUGCCAGAUGUGUAGCUGGCUACUUCUUCUAGCUCUCAGCUUUUUCCUGCAUGGUUACGACUGAAACGUCUUCAUUACGUCGCUAAUCUUGCGAAGCGGGAAAGCCCUUAUUUCAGCCCAGGCUGUGUUAGCUGCACUGUAGAAGAGCGCUGGCAACUUCUGUGUAUGAUUAUAAAUCAGUGAAGUUAGAGAAAAGCACUUCAGAUGGCCUUUGUAUAUUUGACUCUAGAUGAAGAGAUCACAUCUG